AGUGACUUAAGGAACCGCCUUCCGGUUCCUGUUGUGUGCACCGCGGCCUCGAAGACGGGAGGAAAGCGAUCUCGGCGGAUACAAUCGACCGGCAGCGUGUGAAACAUGGCGGACAGCGAUGACGAGUACGACCGCAGGCGCAGAGACAAGUUCCGGAGAGAGAGGAGCGACUACGACCGCUCGCGGGAGAGAGAGGAGAGACGGAGGGACGACUGGAGCGACAGGGAAUGGGAUCGAGGACGCGAGCGGCGGAGUCGGGGAGAAUACAGAGACUACGACAGGAGCCGGCGGGAACGCUUCUCCCCGCCGCGCCACGAGCUCAGCCCGCCCCAGAAGCGCAUGCGGAGGGACUGGGAUGAUCACGGCGGCGAUCCUUAUCACAGCGGCUACGAUAUGCCGUACUCCGGGGCGGGAGGGGGUCCGGCCUAUGGCCCCCCGCAGCCGUGGGCCCAUCCGGAGAUGCACACCAUGCAACAUCACAGCAUUCCCAUCCAGGCCAGGCUGGGGAACCUCCACGACGUGGACCUCGGCUCUCCCGCUCCGGUCAUGAAAACGUUCAAGGAGUUCCUCCUCUCGCUGGAGGACUCGGUGGACGAGACGGAGGCCGUGAGGCGCUACAACGAUUACAAGAUGGAGUUCCGGCGGCAGCAGAUGCAGGAAUUCUUCCUGGCCCACAAGGACGAGGAGUGGUUCCGCUCCAAAUAUCACCCGGACGAGGUGGGCCGCCACAAGCAGGAGUGUCAGGCGGCCCUCCGCACCCGGCUCGGCGCCUUCAUGUACCUGAUGGAAAACAAUUGGUUAAAUGAUAUCCAGCUGGACAUGGACAAGGCUCCAGCCAUCAUCAAAGUCCUGGAUGCAGCUGUGAUAAAGAUGGAGGGGGGAACGGAAAUCGACUUGAAGAUUCUGGAUGAGGAGGAAGAGCAGGCGAGGAGAGAGGCUGCUAAAAAGGAAGCGGCGCGGCGCUCGGAGGGGGAUAAGAAGGCGGCCGAGGAGAAGGAGGCCGCCCCGAAGGCUGAGAAAGAGGAGGCAGCCGAAGAGAAGCCCCCGAAACCCAGUGAUGAGGAGGGCAAAGCCGAGGAGGCGGACGGGGACAAGCGGAAGUCAAGCAAAAGGAAGCGCAAGCACAGCGGCGACAGCGACGUCAGCGACUCGGAGUCUGGCUCAGAGAGCGGGAGUCUGAAACCGGAACCGCCGGGGCAGAAUGGGAGAGAGGAGGGAACCCCGAAGAAGAAAGAGAAAGAGGAGGAUGGGGAGAAGCCGAAAGAGAAGCAGAAGGAAGAAGUCGUGAAGCCGCGGCCUCUGCACAAAACCUUGUCCCUCUUCAUGAGAAGCAUCGCGCCAAACAUCUCCAAGGCCGAAAUCGCCUCGGUCUUCAAGAAGUAUUCCGGAUUUCUAAGGGUUGCGCUGUCGGAUCCCCAGCCGGAGAGGAGGUUUCUCCGGCGUUGUUGGGUGACUUUUGAUCGGAGCGUUAACAUCAAAGAGAUCUGCUGGAACCUGCAGAAUAUCCGGCUCCGUGAGUGUGAGCUGAGUCCAGGCGUGAACAGGGAGCUGUCAUGGCGCGUCCGCAACAUCAGCGGCUUAACGCAGCACCGCACCGUCCAGCGCAACGACAUCAAACUGGCAGCGAAGCUCAUCCAUGUGCUGGACGAGAGGGGGCAGCUCUGGAGCCGGGCCGAGGAGGGCCAGGAGGGUAACGGCCAGAAUCCUAUUCUCAAAAACAUCACCGAUUACCUCAUAGAUGAGGUCAACGCAGAAGAGGAGGAGCUUCUGUGGGGCACGGGGAGGACCCCUGAAUCGGAGCCCCCCAAAGAGGGGAAUCCCGCCGAAAUAGUUGUGGAAAGAGAUGAGAAACUCAUAAAGGUCCUCGACAAGCUCCUGCUGUACCUGCGCAUCGUGCAUUCUGUUGAUUAUUACAACACCUGCGAAUAUCCAAGUGAGGAUGAAAUGCCCACGCGCUGCGGUAUCAUGCACGUGCGCGGCCCCGUCCCCCCCAAUCGGGUGUCACACGGAGAAGUGGCCGAGUGGCAGAAGACGUUCGAGGAGAAGCUGGCGCCUCUGUUCGCUGCGCGGGAGAUGCUCUCCGAGGAGGAGGCCGUGAAGAUGGGGAAGAAAGACCCGGAGCAGGAGUUGGAGAAGUUUGUUGUGGCCAAUACCCAGGAGCUGGGCAAAGAGAAGUGGCUCUGCCCUCUGAGCGGCAAGAAGUUCAAGGGCCCGGAGUUUGUCCGCAAACACAUCUUCAACAAACACGCGGAGAAGAUCGAGGAGGUCAAGAAGGAAGUUUUGUUCUUCAAUAAUUACUUAAUGGACAGCAAACGGCCUGCGCUCCCUGAGGUGAAACCCGUCCAGCCGCCGGUCAACUCCACAGCUCAAGCUUUGGCCCCUGGACUUCUCUACCCCCAUCAGGGACACCAGUCCUUGUUACAGUACGGCCAGCCCCGGCUGCCGGUCCUCGGAUACGGAGGACCCCAGUUCCCUCCAGCUCCGUACGGUGCCGGCCGUGGGGCCUACGACGCCUUCCGGGGCCAGGGAGGACUAUACCCCGGGAAACCGCGCAACAGGAUGAUCAGAGGUGACCCCCGAGCCAUUAUUGAAUACCGAGACCUGGAUGCACCCGAAGAUGUAGAUUUCUUUUAACUGCCCCCCUUGUGUUUUAACUGCCCCUUUGCUCUGUGUUCUGUAUCCACCAAGCUCUUUAAUCCACGCAAAGUUCUGUUUUUUUGUUUUUUUUUGUUACUUUUGUAUUAAUUAUUUUCAGGAGCCCUGGUUUCAGUUAGCGGAAAUAUAUAAAUUUUUGGUCAAUAAACUGAUUCCCUGGACAA